UGGAGGCCUCGUGCCGCUCCUUGGGCUCUGCUGGAUGGCCACGGAGCAGGACUUGGACAAGUCAGGGAGCAGCAGGGAGGAGAGCUCUUCCAGCAGUGACGAGGAAGAGGAAGCCCCUCUCAAAUGGGAUCCGGGCAGCAAUCUCCUGCAGCAAAUGCAGCUGCCAGUGCUGCGCCUGGCCAAUACGUGCAAGGUGGUGGAGGAGCUGGUGGCUGACCUGCUCCACGCCUGCUCUCUGGUCACCUUGAAGACUGCUCUGCUACGGCUGGAACCGUGCCUUGGGGUGGGCAGCACCUUCGAAGGCUGGAGCCCCCGGCGGGACACCGUCUACAGCCUGCUCGUGCCCCUGAAGCCACCAGCCGGGCACUGCUUCCACCUGGAGCUGGGCACUGGCGGGGAGCUGCCGGAGAGGCAUGGCUGUGUUCGCGUGGAGCUGCAGUGCCUGUGCCGAAGGCAGCAGCUGCUGAGGGACGCGCGGUGCUUCCUGCACCAGCCCGAGGCUGAGCUGCGCAGCAACGAGGGCCCCUGCCUGCUGCAGUACCUGUGCACCGACUCCUGCCUGGACGUAGAGAAAUCCGCCCGCUGGCUCCAGCUAGUAGUGCCCGACGCCUGGCAGCUUUUACCCGCAUCCUACCACUGCCAGCUGACGGUGCUGCCCUCCUCGCGCUCCUGCAAGCUCUGGCUGGACAAUGCCAACGGGAGGUCCUUGUGCAUCGAGAUCCUGCUUGGGGUGCAGCAAGGCGACUCGGGGGUUUUCCUGACCAGCCAGGAGGCGAGGGCUGGCCUCACCAGCAGCACAACGUGGCUGGAGAGCUGCACCGUUCCAGAGAUGCUCUUCUUCAGGUUCGUGGCCACGCAGGCCCCGCGGCACAGCUGCCACCUGGCAUGUCUGCAGCUCUUUGCCCAUCUCCUGGAGGGCACAGGCUUCUCCACCUACUGCCUGAAAACAGCGCUCAUGCACCUCCUCACAGUCACACCGCUGACAGCUUGGCACAGAGCAGAUCUCCGGGAGCGGCUGGACGACACCCUGCAGUUCCUGCACCGCUGCCUGGAGGAGAAACAGCUGCCCCACUUCCUCCUGGGCAACGAGAGGGUGCCCAGGGAGGUUCCCCUGCCACCGGCCUUCCGAGCCGCCAGACCGCUCAACCUCUUCCAGCGCCUGGCGCACGAGCCGGCCGCCCACGCUCAGGCGCUGCGCGAGUUCAGCCAGCUGCAAGAUCGUCUCCGGAGCCUGUCCUAACGAUGCUGAAAGAGGCUUCUGGAAAUUCAACAAAAGCACACUUUGGGCAAGCUCACCCGAUCACGCUGAAGAUGCCCUUGCAAGCAGCCAUGCAACAGGGGCCCCUGUGAUCACCUGGACAGCAACCGCCCAGCCCUUUCGACAGAGCCCAGUCCCCACGGGAGCAGUACCCUAUGUACAGACCCCA